AUGUAUAAAAUGGAAUAUUCUUACCUCAAUUCCUCUGCCUACGAGUCCUGUAUGGCUGGGAUGGACACUUCAAGCCUGGCUUCAGCUUAUGCUGACUUCAGUUCCUGCAGCCAAGCCAGUGGCUUUCAAUAUAACCCUAUAAGGACCACUUUUGGGGCCACGUCUGGCUGCCCAUCCCUCACUCCAGGAUCCUGCAGUCUCGGCUCUCUUAGGGACCACCAGAGCAGUCCAUACGCAGCAGUUCCUUACAAACUCUUCACCGACCACGGGGGUUUAAACGAGAAGAGGAAACAGAGACGGAUCAGAACCACUUUCACCAGCGCCCAGCUCAAGGAACUGGAGAGGGUGUUUGCAGAGACUCAUUACCCUGAUAUAUACACCCGGGAGGAGCUGGCGCUCAAAAUAGACCUCACGGAGGCUAGAGUGCAGGUCUGGUUCCAGAACCGCCGCGCCAAGUUCCGCAAGCAGGAGCGGGCGGCGGCAGCGGCGGCAGCGGCCGCCAAGAACGGGGCGGCUGGCAAGAAGUCCGACGCUUCCCGCGACGACGAGAGCAAGGAGGCCAAGAGCACAGACCCCGACAGCACCGGCGGCCCCGGCCCUAACCCCAACCCCGCGCCCAGCUGCGGCGGAGGCGGCGGCGGCGGCCCCAGCCCCACUGCCGGACAGGGAGCGGCGGGGCCCGGAGGGCCAGGAGGGGAGCCGGGCAAAGGGGCGGCAGGGCCCGGCGGGCUGGCGGCGGCGGGGCCGGGACAGGGCUGGGCGCCGGGGCCCGGGCCCAUCACCUCCAUCCCUGACUCGUUAGGCGGCCCCUUCGCCAGCGUCCUCUCUUCGCUGCAGCGGCCCGGCGGCACCAAAGGCAGCCUCGUCAAGAGCGGCAUGUUCUGA